AUGCUUUUCGAAGUAGCACUUACCUCUCCACAACAAGUUGCGAUUGAAUUCGAAGAACAGACAUGGACAUAUGCCGAACUACUCAUGAAUGUGAUCUGUAUUGCUCGUCAUCUUCAAGUCGAAUUAGGUGAUAUCAUCUACCAAUAUGUUGAUCCUAGUAUAGAGAUGGUAUGUGGACUAUUAGGAAUCAUGUGUGCUGGUGGGGCGUAUUGUCCGCUAAGUCCGAGUGAUCCAUCUGCGUAUGUUCGUACAUUGAUCGAUGAAACUCGAGGCCGAUUUGUUCUUGUUCAUGGAAAUACAUGUGAUAGAUUCUCAAGCAUGAUUAGUCAACAAAUUCAUAUGAUCAAUAUACAACAUAUUUUACUAGCUGACACUAGAGAAGAAGCGCCUGAGCAAAAUAUCCACGUCGAGAGCAAUACCUCGAGUUUUAUUGUUUGCACAUCUGAUGCAAAUGGUCGACAAAAAAUUAUUGUACACACACACGCAUCUCUUAUAGCAGGUGUUCAUAAUCUAAUAAGUUGGGACACCAAUCACAGUGACAAAGUUCUUCAAAUAGCUGAGUCAUCGUGGGCCAUUCAUUUGUUUGAAAUUUUGAUGCCUCUUUUGACAGUUCCUUCUGGCACACUAGUGCUUUUACCGUCUAGCGCUACUUUGAAUAUGACCCGGUUCUGCAAGACUAUCAAAGACAAGCAAAUCACAAUUUUCUUUGCCGAUUCAUCGUUGCUUAAAAAAUUGCUUGAAUACUUCGAGCUCAACGAUAUAGAGCGUAGUGAAACACUAGAACGAGUACGCAUCCUAUGGACAUCGAGUGAAUUUUCUAAACCAAAAUAUUUGGCUAAAAUCAAGUCUUAUUCUUCGCAAACUCGUAUCUUUUUAAGAUUCGGCAUAAAUGAAACAAGCGCUGCAAUAGGGCGCGAAAUCAAAGAGACGAUUGAUGAACUCACGAAUUUAAGUACCUUAUCUAUCGGCUGUUCACUAGCAGAGUAUAAAUGUUUACUUCUGGAUGAAAGUAACGAUAGAAAAAUUAUCUCGCCAUCGGAUACAAACAGUAUUGGGCAAAUUUAUCUUGCAGGUGCCGGUCUUUUCAAGUGUUAUUACAACAAUCCUGGAUUGACCAGUACGAGCCGGGUCAUAAUCGAUAAUGAAGAGUAUUUCAAGACAGGUGAUCUCGCAAGAUACAAUGCAAAAAAUGAACUUGAGUAUAUUGGAUGUAUCGAUUUUCAAAUAAAAGUUGAUGAUCAACUAGUAGAAACAGCCGAUAUUGAGAGAACAAUCAUAGCCUGCUGUCCAAAUGAAAUCUCCAGUUGUCUUGUGGUCAAAUUAUCCCAAGAAGAAGAUUUACUCGUAGCCUAUAUCAUCAGCGAUAGCUCACAGCUUGCUACUGAAUCAAUUAGAGAUUAUUGCAAAGAUCGUCUACGUAAAUACAUGGUUCCAUCCUAUUUUGUUGUCCUCAACAAAUUCCCACUGGAUACAAAUGGACAAGUGGAUAGAAAACAAUUACCAUUGCCUUCAUCGAUUGGUUCAGAGUUCGACGUUUGCCUCCUUGAUAGAACCGUUUCCGAAGGCACACGCCGAUGUUGGUCGUCGUUACCUUCCAUUCCAAUUCGACCAUGCAGCAAUAUUAAUUGCUUGAUCAUGGGUAAACGCCCUUUGACAACUGAAAAUAAUAAUAUUAAUAAGAUAAAUAAAAACAUUUUUCAUGCAUCAUUACCAACAAUUAUUAAUAUCUCAAAUGAUGUUGAAUGUAUAAAUAAACAUGAUCCUCUUCUUAGUGAACACGAUUCAACAAAUGUUUUAUCGAAUUUGUCUAAUUCAUGUAAUCUCGAAGAGCGAGAUGAAAACAAAUUACCAUUUCCAGAUUUUGUUGAAAAAGCUUUUUAUUUCCUUCGACAAACAACACCACCACGUUACCAAUGUUUAAAACUUAUAACAUGGCCAUGGUUUGAUCUUAUAAGUAUGUUUGUUAUUUUAAUUAAUUGUAUUACACUUGGUAUGCAUCAACCAUGCACACAUCAAAGUGACAUAGAAUCAUCCAAAAAAUGCGAUACAACAUUUUGUAUCUAUCUUCAAACAAUAGAUUAUUAUGUUUUUGCAUUUUUUACCAUUGAAAUGUGUCUCAAAAUGAUAGCAAUGGGAAUAUUUGGCAAAAAAACUUAUCUUGCUGAAUCAUGGAAUCGGCUUGAUUGUUUUAUUGUUCUUACCGGAUUAGCGGAAUUAUUGAUACCAGGUGAUUAUAUAAGUCUAUCAGCUAUUCGUACAGUUCGAGUACUUCGUCCAUUACGUACGAUUAAUCGUGUACCAUCGAUGCGCAUUAUUGUUUUGCUUCUACUCGAUACACUACCUAUGCUUGGCAAUGUCCUUCUACUGUGUUUCUUUAUGUUUUUCAUUUUUGGUGUUAUUGGUGUAGAAUUAUGGAAAGGAUUAUUACGUAAUCGUUGUUUCUUAGAAUUGAAUACUACAAUUAUAGCUGAUUAUUCAUUAUUCGGGGAUUUUCAUUUCGAAUCAUUUUAUAUUCCUCCUGAUCAAAGUUCAUUUAUUUGUUCUAAGCCAUCAUCAAGUGGAAUGACAAAAUGCUCAGAUAUUCCACGUUUACGCCAAGAUAAUAAGACUUGUGACUUUAAUUUCAAUUCAUUGAAUUUAACAUCAAAAAAUCAAACAAUAAAUGAAUGCAUUAAUUGGAAUCAAUACUAUCGAUCAUGUGCGACUUCUGAUCAAAAUCCAUUCUCUGGAUCAAUUAGUUUCGAUAAUAUUUUUUCAGCAUGGCUUACUAUCUUUCAGAUAAUUACUUGCGAAGGUUGGGUUUCUAUCAUGUAUUAUGUACAAGAUGCACAUUCAUUUUGGGAUUGGAUUUAUUUCGUAUCGCUUAUUGUUAUUGGUUCAUUCUUUAUGAUGAAUCUUUGUCUUGCUGUUAUUUCGGCACAAUUUGGUGUAACGAAAAGACGCGAAACAGAACGAAUGUUAGCUGAACAAAAACGUUUAACUGAGCUAAACCCUACAGCAGUAACAAAUGAUCGGCCAGGUUCUUGUUGGAAAGAAUUAGUUAAAUAUGUGAAUCAAUUAUCGAAACGACUAUCUAAAAGAUUAUUCUACAAAAAUUGUCGACAGAAAUCUGAUAAAGUUAAUCACAGACACACUCGAAGAGAAAAAACAAAAAAAGAUGUUUCAAUAUCAGAUAUCAAUAUAGUCUCAUUGGCUCCACUAAUUAACCAAAAACAUCGAUCAAAUUGUCCACAUUAUCAAUGUCAACCCUUAGUAGUAUCAACAACGAUUGAUUAUGGCCAUGAUACUUAUGAAAUUGGUCCAGACAUCGUUGGUUCACGAUCAGAAAAUAAUAAUUUACCCAAUGAAAGCAAUCGACGAAUAAAUGAAAAUCUAGAAUUUGAACAACAAGAACAACAAACCGAUAGAAAUGAUGUAUGUGAUUGUUAUGAUCAAGAUAAAGGUGUUGAUACAUCUGAAAAUAGCCAAGAAGAAAACUCAAACUUUCAUCGUGAAUGUAUUUGUGGUUGUUGUUCACUCUUAAUGGUAAUACAAAAAUUCAUUGCACGUAUUGUUGCUAAUAAAUAUUUUAAUCGCAUUAUUUUCUCGGCUAUUAUUAUAAAUGCACUGUCAAUGGCUAUUGAAUAUCAUGGUCAACCAGAAUCGUUAACAAAUGCAUUAGAAUAUAGCAAUUAUGUUUUCUUAAUAUUAUUCGCAAUUGAAAUGCUAUUUAAAAUAAUUGCUGGAGGUAUUUUUAAAUAUCUUUCAAAUCCAUUUAAUAUAUUUGAUGGUAGCAUCGUUAUAAUUAGUUUUAUUGAACUAUAUGGACAACAAAACAGUGGACUAUCUGUUUUACGUACAUUUAGAUUAUUACGUGUAAUUAAAAUUGUUCGAUUUUUGCCAGAAUUAAGACGACAAUUGAUACUAACCCAAGAAGAUUGGAAUGAAGUACUUUAUAAUGGCAUGGAAAAGACAAGUCCAUGGUCAGCAUUAUAUUUUAUUGGACUUUUGAUAAUUUGCUAUUAUGUAUUAGUUAAUUUACUUGUUGCUAUUUUUGUUGAAAGUUUUUCAAAUGAAGGAGAAGGUGAACCUGCAAGUAGUAAUAAUAAUAAUAAUAAUAAUAAUGCUAGCUUACACGCAGCGCACAAAUGUGUAUUACAACAAUCGAUCACAACUGAUAUUCAAGUACUUGAUAAAUUCGAUGAGUCGGAAAGUAUUAAACUUAGUAAUGAAGAGGAACGAGCUCUAAAUGUUGAUACCAUACAUCGUACAAAUUCUCAUCAAGCAUUUCCACCAUCGUCAUCAUCAACAGGACAUUUUAUUGUUCAUGAAGGAAACUUAAUUGAACAAGAGCCGAAUAAUAUAACAAAUCCAUGUUUAAAUUCAGUGGUUAAACGCCGAUCGACAGUCGAUAAUUCAUCAUAUUCAUUUGAUCGAAAACAACGAAAUAAUAGUACUCAUACUGAAUCUAAUACGAGUAAUAGUAUACAACUUGCUAUUGGCACUGAACAACCGAUAAAUGAUCAAAAGGAUGCCCAAUUACAUGAACCAACUGAGUGUAAUACACAGCUGAAACAAAAAACAGAGCAAUCAAAAGCAAUUCCAUCAUGUUUAAAUCGACUUUGUGGGAGACGAAUAUCAGAAUAUUUCAUGAAACGUGAAAACUAUGCACUUUAUCUAUUUUCCCCUUCGAAUAGACUACGCACAUUAUUUCAACAAUUAAUACUAAAAAAAUCAUUUGAUUAUUUGAUUCUUUUCGUCAUUGCUCUCAAUUGUAUUACGCUCGCCAUGGAACGUCCAUCGAUUUCUCCUAGCGGUUUCGAACGACAAUUUUUGAAUCUUAGCAGUUAUAUAUUUACAGUUAUUUUUACGGUUGAAAUGAUAAUAAAAGUAAUCGCUAGUGGACUUCUUUUUGGGUCCAAUACAUAUUUACAUACCGGCUGGAAUGCUUUGGAUGGUUUUAUUGUGAUUGUUUCAGUUGUUGAUGUUGUUGCAAUGCAUCGACCUAUGAUUACGCCAUCGGCAGAGUCGGAUGCAGCGUCACAUAUUCUAAGUAUGUUAAGAGUCUUUCGUUUGUUACGGGCACUACGACCACUCACAGUUAUCCAUCGAGCGCCAGGUCUUCAACUUGUUGUUCGAACUUUAAUUUUAUCAUUGAAACCAAUAGGUUAUGUUGUUAUUAUUUGCUGUAUAUUCUUUAUCAUCUUCGGCAUUCUUGGUGUUCAGCUCUUUAAAGGUAAAUUCUACUUCUGUGAAGGGUCUCUCGCUGAUAGUGUAGAAACCAAACAACAAUGUGAAUCAAUGCCCGAUCAUCGAUGGCAAAAUCAAAAAUACAAUUUUGAUAAUUUGGGUCAAGCUGUACUUACACUAUUUGUCCUUGCAUCGAAGGAUGGUUGGGUAGAAAUUAUGUAUAAUGCUAUUGAUGCAGUCGAUGUUGAUGUGCAACCGACAAGGAAUUAUAGUGAAGCAAAAUUAAUUUAUUUUGUAUCAUUCAUUUUAAUUGUUAGUUUUUUCGUUGUUAAUAUGUUCGUUGGUGUCAUUAUUGAGAAUUUUCAAAACUGUCGAGCUCAGCAAGAGCUUGAAGCAGCAGGUCGAGAUCAAGAAAAAUAUGAAAAAAUCCUUGAAUGCAGACGGAGUCUUUUGAGGGAUUUAUCAUAUUAUUCAAAAAUGUCACGAUGGCGCAAACGUUUAUAUGAUAUAUGCAUGGCUAAAUAUUUCGAUUUAACCAUUGCUGGUAUAAUUGGUUUAAAUGUUGUUACAAUGUCACUUGAACAUUAUUCCAUGCCACUUGAAUGGGUGAAGUUUCUUGAAUAUUGUAAUUAUGUGUUUACGGUUAUAUUCUUACUUGAACUUAUUUGGAAAAUUAUUGCAUUUGGGCCAGUACAUUACUUCAGAGAAAAAUGGAAUCAGUUGGAUUCACUUAUUGUACUUGUAUCGAUAGCUAGCAUCAUAAUCGAACAUGUAUCACAUGGACACAUUCCAAUAAAUCCUACACUUAUUCGCGUGGUCAGAAUAUUGAGAAUUGCGCGAGUACUCAAACUACUGAAAAUGGCCAAAGGUAUUCAAGCUUUAUUAGAUACUAUCAUGGAAGCUCUUCCACAAGUUGGAAAUUUAAGUCUGCUAUUCCUUCUUAUCUUUUUUAUCUUUGCUACACUUGGUGUUGAGCUAUUCGGAAAAUUAGAAUGUAGUGAAGAGCAACCAUGUACUGGUCUUAAUCAGCAUGCGCAUUUUAAAAAUUUCGGCAUAGCACUUCUUACACUUUUUCGUGUUGCAACCGGUGAUAAUUGGAAUGGUAUAAUGAAAGACACUUUACGUCAAGACGAUUCACAUUCUACUGGCAGAAACCACUUGAUGAUAAUAAUAUCACCUAUUUAUUUUGUUAUUUUUGUUCUGAUGACUCAAUUUGUACUUCUCAACAUUGUUGUCGCUGUACUCAUGAAAAAACUUGAAGAUUCAAAUGGAAUGAUAGAGCAAGAUGCUACGCUGGGUGAAGAAAUGGAACAACUGUAUCAAGUUGAUGUACAGCACGGGAAUAAUGCUGAACAAUCCUUACUAGACAUGAACGGUCCACACGUAAAAGAGAAAGUAAUAAUUACAAAUUUAUAA